GGGAAACACAAAGCACAUCCUGAAAUCCAACAAGUACAUACCAGUAGCUUAGUAGAAGCUGAUAGAUCAUCGAUAUAAUGGCCGCCGCCCAGGCAGCUGCUGCACUCGCCGUUGUUGGGUUCCUCGCCGUGCUGGUCGCGCAUGGCGGCGUUCGAGCACAGCCGGCGAACGACACCUCCGCCGCCGUCCGCCAACUCCUCGGCUACGGCGACGGCUGGCUCCCGGCCAAGGCCACCUGGUACGGCUCGCCCAACGGCGCCGGCCCCGACGACAACGGUGGCGCGUGUGGCUUCAAGGGCACCAACCAGUACCCGUUCAUGUCCAUGACGUCGUGCGGCAACGAGCCCCUGUUCCAGGACGGACAGGGCUGUGGCGCGUGCUACGAGAUAAAGUGCACCAGUAACGACAACCCCGCUUGCUCCGGCCAGCCCGAGAGGGUGAUGAUCACGGACAUGAACUACUACCCGGUGGCCAGGUACCACUUCGACCUCAGCGGCACGGCCUUCGGCGCCCUUGCAAUGCCGGGCCUCAACGACAGGCUCCGCCAUGCCGGCAUCAUCGACAUCCAGUUCAGUAGGGUGCCCUGCGACAACCGGGGGCUCACCGUCAACUUCCACGUGGAGGACGGCUCCAACCCUGUCUACCUCGCCGUGCUGGUCCAGUACGCAAACAAUGCGGGAACCGUGCUGCAGAUGGACCUCCUCGAGUCCGGCUCGAGCUACUGGACACCGAUGCGCCGCUCCUGGGGCUCCGUCUGGCGCCUCGACUCCAACCAUCAGUUGCGGGCGCCCUUCUCGCUGCGCAUCCGCGGCGAGUCUGGCCAGACUUUGAUGGCCUACAACGUCAUCCCGGCCAACUGGAGGCCCAACACUGACUACCGCUCCUACGUCCAGUUUACCUAAGCGACCCAUCACUUCUAAACAUAUCUACGGUUCGGUUGUUGAUUUGUUUGGAAUCGUGUCAUUGCAAAUUCGUUUUGCAAUGGGUUUGAAGAUUUUCAGUGACAUGUUGUCUUUUGUGUGUGUGCACUUGCAUUGGGUCGCGUGUGAAAUGGAGGAGGCAGAGUGUUUUAUUCAUGUAUGCUCUCCUGUCCACCGACGAAAGUGUAUACAUGCAGUAUGUGCUUGAUGAAUAGAGAGAUACAGUGUGUAACCAAUAA